GUUAUUGUUGAUCGAGUUUUGUCUUCCGCCCCCUUUCUCUCUCUCUCACCAAUUCAUUCAUUCUCUCUCUCUCUCUCGGUGGCAGAGGAUUCACGAGCGCCCCAGUUUGGCAGAGAACGUGACACGAUGGGUAUCAUGGCCGGCGUGCUGCCGCCUGGCUUUCCCUUUGGGGAUAUCAAGAAGAGUGGUGUGACGGAAGGCGCUGACUACCAGGCCAUCAACAACUCACGCCGCCCUGAGCUCAGCAACACUUACACACGCCAAACGGGUGCCUACGCCAUCACGCAAUGGAUCAUCUUGGCCCUAAUUGCUAUCGUCUUGGCUUGUUUGUAUCGCGGCCUCAACGCCGCCAUCGAGGUCAUUUCCACUGCCCGAAUGCAAAACCUAGCCGAUAACAUGGCAGAUGGCCAUUUCUUCGUGGCGUGGGUCAUCAACUUUUUCAGCUCCCUAGGUCUCGUCAUGGUGGCCGUCCUCUUCGCCCUCUGGGCUCCUGCUGCCAUUUCUUCGGGCAUGCCUGAGAUUAUUAGCUACCUAAACGGAGCCAAGCCCAGUGACCUGCUCUCUCCGAGCACCAUGCUCUCCAAGGCUAUCGGCCUUGUCUUCGCCGUCUCCUCGGGCCUCGCCAUUGGCCCCGAGGGCCCCACCAUUCAUCUUGGUGCCAUGAUCGGACCGCGUCUGGUCGAGAGCCUGGCCUGGCUUUUUUCGGGCCUCCCAAGCUUCAGUCGCAACGUUCAGCUCUUCUUCGACGACAUGGACAUGCGCAAGCUUGUUGUGGCGGGCUCGGCCGCUGGCAUUGCCGUUGCCUUUCGCUCGCCCAUCGGUGGUGUUUUCUUCGUCAUUGAGGAAGCCAUCAGCUUCUUCGAUGCACAGCUUGUUUUUCGCACUUACUUUACUUGCAUCAUCGCCUACUACAUCAUGGCCGUACUGACUGACGGACAUCGCCUUGAGGCCGACACCUUCACGCCCUAUGAAAUCGAAGUGGAAUGCAGCGCUCCCUAUUUGGCCGAGGACAUUUUUCUCUUUAUUAUCACAGGCGUUGUCUGCGGUGCGGCCGGCUCGCUCUUUAACGCUCUCAACACAACCAUUUUUCGUUUCCGCAAGAAGUUUGUGGGCGCCUCGGGCCGCAACCGCAUCAUUGAGGCGCUAUGCCUGGUCCUUAUCACCUCUCUCAUCGUCGUCUUUGCGCCAACGGCUGGCCACUGCACCAAGCUGCGCCAGGUUGUGGACCACGUUCCUGCCCAAACAACCGACUCGUAUGUGUUUGACUCUGGUAAUCUGGUCCUCGACGACCCCAAGGUCUGCCUUAGCUCCACCGCAAAAGACCUCUAUCGCGUACUCCAUGUCAACCGCAGUCAAUGGCCCGAGGAUCAAGACUUGGAUCAAGUGGUCAAAGAGCUACAGGACAAGGUCAAGGAGAAUUUAGAGCUGCGCCAGUUUGAUUGCGACGAGGACGAGUAUUCACAGCUGGGCAGCCUCUUCUUUAAUACAGGCCACCACGCCGUUAAUUUGCUGUUCCAAACGGGCACCUACGAUAUCCUUGAAGCUGAUGCACUGGCUGGCUUUCUGAUUUUAUACUUCUUGCUGGCCGUUGUGACGGCUGGUGCAACCUUUCCUUCAGGCCUGGUCAUUCCCAUGCUGACCAUGGGUGGAGCCAUUGGUCGCAUGAUUGGCAUUGCCGUCAACACGGGCAUCAAGGAGCCAGCCAAUGUUCAACUCAUGGACCCUGGCGCAUUUGCCAUGAUUGGCGCAGCUGCCUUUUGGUGUGGCAGUGGUGGCAUGACGGCCACCAUUGCCGUCAUUAUUCUUGAGGUGACGGGUGAUUUCCAGUACUUGCCAGCGCUGGCCAUUGCGGUGAUCACGGCCAACGUGGUGGGCACGCAGCUCAACCACAGCCUCUACCACAGUCUUAUUCAUCUGAAACACAUUCCUUUCCUCGAGGACGUCGCAAAUGAACAGCUCAAUCAUGUCACCGUUCGCGAGGUUAUGGCUUCGCCCGUCCUUUCGCUGCCUGCCUUGGCGGGUCGCCAACAAAUCAAGGAAGCCCUUGCCUCGACGCACAACGGAUUUCCCGUCACCGACAAAGCAGAUGGAGUCGACAAAGUAAUUGGUCUUAUUUUGAAGCGUCACCUCUACACUUUAUAUGACGCCCUCAAGGGUGAACAUGACACGGCGGACUUGACCGAAUUCAUGAAUGAGACCCCUGCGUUUACGCUAGAGCACACUCGUUUCCCCGAAGCCUUUCGAACCUUUCGUUCCCAGGGCUUGCGACAUCUGGUCGUGGUCAAUGACCGGUUCGAGGCUUUGGGCAUGCUGACACGCAAAGACUUCCAAAAGGCGGAUCAUGCACACGGAGCCCACGGCGCGGACGACCAUGAUCAUUCUCACGAUGAGGAAUCUUCCCACAUGCACGUUUUGCACCCGGCCGUUCGCCACCCAACCGCUUCUUCACGUUUUGCGGCUUACAGGCCACCUCCCAUGGAUGACUUUGGGGACGAGGGCCCAGCGCCCCUUAUGAGGAAUGAUGACUCCACGGCAUGAUCCAUGGACCGCCCUGGCCGUCGCCCAUCAUGGCCCGCGCGGCUCGCAACGAAAACACUUAAUUUUUUAGAAGAGUAAAGUUCUUUUGAAGGCGGCCUGAAUCGACUGACCGACCACUCAUGCAGCCAGCAGAAUUUACGCCCGCUUGGUCAGCACCGCCGUGCGAUCCGAUGCGGCUUGCACGCGGGCAAUAUCAGAAGUCAUCUGUUGAUAGCCAAAGCGCGAAAGCCACCGCCAAAACAUCAUGAGUUAUCUUGGCCACUGAAUGUAAGUGGGUCAUGGACAUGCGUCUGCGACUGUAUCUGUGUGUGUGUGUGUGUGUGCGUGUGUGUGUGUGUGUGUGUCGGAGGUGGCUCUGCCUGCUCGACUUGGCAUGCCAAGCCACGUCUGUCAAUGACAUGAUGGCUGUGCGGGUAGCGCGCAGUUGGUCUCGUGCUAGCAGUGCACCCAGGCGAAUGUGUUCAAGCAUAGGAUGUUGAUGAUAGUUGCUCAAAUUUAGUGAACACC